AUGAGCAAGGAUAGUAAUGGAUGUAAGAGAAACAACAGCAAGGGUAAGCAUCUGGGUAAUAGGAACAAGCUGAAAUCGGAGAACGGGGGAGAUCGUAACGGGCCCUCGGCGGCUACAGGCAAGAAUGGUAAAACACAGAAUAAUAAAGUUGAUAAGAAGAUGAACAGCGGUGAUUCCCAUGAUGUGAGCAGUAACAACAGCAGCUGCAACAGCAGUGGUUAUAACAACCAUGGUAGUGCAAAUGCAUCCAACAUAGGCAACAUUGCUGGGGCAAACAACGCCAACGCCAACGCCAGUAAUGGUGCAGGCCCCAAUAGUAUCAGUGGGAACAUAAAGGAAGGAAGCAUUGCAUGGAGGGAAGUAAACUACGGCAACCCAGAAUUUGUUUUUAAAGAACCCAAAAAUGGGCCUAAACCUGUGAUGGUCUCUAGGGGCGUCCAAACUUCAAACAUAACACAGGUGCAAUUAAGGCAUUUAUUCGGCGAUAGCGCCUCCGCGCACAGAGGGAACAGUGUUUACGCUAGCUUGGUCAGCAUAUCGUCCUCAUCCUCGGUUGCAUCAUCAUCAUCAUCAUUGCCACCACUACCACAACUGUCGUCCGCAACGCCACAGCAGGUCCAACUAGAUGACUGUGCAGUGGUUACUGGAGACGAAGAUGAAAAUCCACAGACUGAGACCAUACGUCAAAGACAAGACAGCUGCUGCUCCCCUCUCAGCUCUCAAAACAAAGACACUACCCUAUCAAGCUUUACGUCUUUCAGCAGCAUAGACAACGGCUACCAAAUCCGAUACCAACUGAAAAGAAAUGAAGACGCCUGUGCAAAAACGGGACAACGCCCAACAAAUAAGGCCAACCUCGAACUAAAACUCUCAAGGCUUGUUAGAGCGUGUCGCCGCUACUCAGACGACCGCAACGACAACUCCACUACACUGACUCACCUUGGUUGGCAGGCUAUCCCUCUUUGCUGCAGUCAAGCAUUAAAGCUCUCCGAACCCGUCAUCAUCAACGACCAGCAGUCAACCUGCGGCACGGGACUAUCUGCAGACACAAGCGAGGGUCUCUAA